AUCGGAGAGAAACUAACCUUUAAAAACGCGCCAGAAAGAGGAGCGUGCAAUUACCAGUUAAAGAAGGGGAAGGUAAUAAAUAGAAGAUGCGUUUGGGUGGAGAAAUUAGAGAAUACAGAAGAAAGCAGCAGGAAGUGCCACGUGUGACAUACCUGGCAAACUCCCAUCAUCGCAUCUUCUUCUUCUUCUUCUUCUUCUUCUCUCUCUCACUUUGCCUCGAAAAAUACUUUCUUUUCUGUUUAUAUUUAUUUAAUUCAUUUAUUUUUUUUUCGUUUUAAAAAGAGAGUAACACUUUUGAGAGGUAGAACCUUUGUGAGUUCUAAAAUUUGGGGUUUGCUAUUACCAGGUAUUUUUUUGUUUUUGUUUUUGUUUUUGUUUAAUUUAACAAUUUUGUUAGGAUUAGCGGAAUUAGAGAUUUAAUUUUAAUUAUGGAUUUUUUCUAAUUCAACAUUAGGGUUUUUAUUCAGCUGUUUCAAUCAUUUACGUAGCUUUCUCUAAUUUAAUAUUAAAUUUAGGGAAUUUAGAGUGUUUUCUAUAUGAGCUGCCAAAUUGGAGAUAAAAUUUAUCUCUUGUUAUUGAAUUUUGGGUUUUAUUUGUUCUAAUGUUAAUGUUAUGUGAGUGAUAGUAUUACUCCCAUGUGUAAUAAAAGCAAUGAGUGCUUGAACAACACUCAUAACCCUGUUGAUCUUGAUCAUCAUCAUCAUCAUCAUCAUCAUCGUCAUCAUCAUCAUCAUCAUCGUCAUCAUCACCAGGAGCAGCAAAAUCUUCACUUAAUGGAUUCUACUGCAACAUCUGUUACUUCUUCAAGUACUGUUGGCUCUAAUGCUGGUUCACAUGAUGAGAACACCCCGCGUGUUAAGUUGUUAUGUAGCUUCUUAGGUAGUAUAAUGCCUAGACCUCAGGAUGGGAAGCUACGCUAUGUGGGUGGCGAGACUCGAAUUGUUAGUUUGCCUAGGGAUAUUAGUUUUGAGGAGUUAAUGAAUAAGAUGAGAGAGCUUUAUGAAGGGGCAUCAGUUUUGAAGUACCAACAGCCUGAUGAGGAUCUUGAUGCGUUGGUUUCGGUUGUGAAUGAUGAUGAUGUGACUAAUAUGAUGGAGGAGUAUGAAAAGUUGGAUUCUGGGGAUGGGUUCACUAGGCUUAGGAUUUUUCUGUUUUCGCACCCGGACCAAGAUGGUUCCUCGCAUUAUGUUGAUGGGGAUGAGAGGGAGUCUGAAAGGAGGUAUGUUGAUGCAUUAAAUAAUUUGAAUGAUGGAGCUGAUUUUAGAAGGCAGCAAGCUGAUUCUCCUUUGAUUGGUCCGAUUGAAGAUGUCCAUUUACAUGAACACUUUUUUAGUCCAAUGAAUCUUGAUAGUGGUCUUCAUAACCAAAGGAGUGGUGAGAUGCUGAUACCGCAGUAUAAUUUGCAUCAUGUUGCAAUUCCACAGAGGUACAAUGAAAUGGAAGGUCCGUGGAGUCCUGCAUUUUAUUCUCCUAGGCAUCAUGGGCACCAUGAUCCAAGACCGUUGACAGAGUUUCCAAAUUCACCCCCUUCUUCCCGGUAUCGUACGCAGUUUGGAGAAUUUCCUGAUAGAGGCAUGGAUAGAGUAUCUGAAGAAUAUGCUAGGUCACAGCUAAAUCAUCAUCCUGCUUAUGACCACCAGCCACCAUAUCCUGAUAAUGUAGUAUGGAUGCCUCCUGGAACUAUAUCUGGUGAUAAUAAGGCUGGUUUUCCUGGUAACUUGCUGCAUGGUCCUACUGUUGUUGAAGGUAGUAGCACUUGUGAGCACUGCCGGGUGGCUUUCCAAAGAAAUCAACUACAUUUGGAGCAACCUAAUGUAGGAAAUCCAGUUCACCAGGUUGCUAAUUCAUGUACUGAGUGCCACCCAAAUAGAGAACAUUUCAUGUUAAAUGCAGAUACAAAGGUUCACCACGCGAUGUACCCAAAAGAUCAGAAUGAUCCUCGAUCCAUCUAUAAUGAAGCUCACAGCCAUGAAAGAGGAUGGAGCCUGCAGCAUCAGUUGAGUCCUCAUGCUGAUGAAGCAAGAACACAUAUCUCUGGAGCUGGAAGAAUUAAUGAGCAUUAUAUAGUAGAUGGUCCUGGCAUUAAUUAUCCUCUUGGACAUUCCAAUUUAGCGGAUGGCCAACAUGCAUCCUCGAACCAUAGUCAUCACCGAGCUGGACAUGAAUUGGGUAAUGACGUUUUUCAUGAUCAAGCUGUGGCUGCUAUGCACCACCUACACAUUCCUCCUUCAGAAGAACGUGCAGUUCGAUAUGGGAAUUUUGCUUAUGGCUAUGGAACAGAAAAUCCUUACCCGAUUUCACACGGCCAUUUACAUCCUCAGACUUUAUGGAGAAAUGUUCAGAACCCUGUGCACGGUACUCCUUAUGACACAUCCAGUGCAACCUCACAGGUGAAUGGAACUGUUAAUCCAGCACUUCUCAGGGGCACGUUAGAGGGGAGUCAACGAACUGGUAAUGACCUGGACAAUAUGCACUCUAGGUUGGAGUCUGCACAGAAAAUUUUGGGUUUUGAUGGAACAACAGCCCCAGAAUACUCUUAUGGCCAUUCUUUAAAAUUAACUCCGAAUCAUUAUGGUCCAGAGAAUAAGCAGUUGUUUACUCCAGAAACUGUACGACCACCACUACCACGUGAAAUCCGAAGCUCCUCUGCAAUUUCAGGUACUUCUGGUUACAAUCCAGAGUUAUCUAGCAGCAAUAUUAUGGAGGUGACAAAAAUGGAGAAACCUGUCCUUGGCAUGGAAAAAGAAGCAAUUUAUGCAGAGCAGAUCGAAAACUUGGAUGUGCAAAACCUACUUUCCACAGAGCAAGACAUGGUUGCUCGGGGUAAUGGUGAUGCUGCACUCUUGGAGACUCUCCAUUCAAAUUCCUCGAGGCAUACAGAAGGAGCUGGUGACAUUGUUAAAGGGGGUGAAACUGAUCCUUCAGCUGUUAUGGAAACUUCAAAGCUAUCACUUGACCGAUUAAGUUUCUUACCUGAGCUUAUUGCUUCUGUAAAGAAGGCAGCAUUGGAAGAGGCUGAGGAGGUGAAAGCUGUUGUCAAUGAGAAUGAGCAUAGUUCAGCAUCAAAAGAAGCAACUCCAAGUGAAUCUGAAGCAGUGAAUGCUCAUGAAGAACCAGAGUUGGAUUCUGAAAGUGACAAUAUAAACACUAAUGAAAUUGAACCAACAAAGGCUGAGGAAGAAGCUAUUGAAAGGGGAUUACAGACAAUUAAAAAUGAUGAUCUAGAAGAGAUUCGGGAAUUAGGUUCUGGAACAUAUGGAGCUGUUUAUCAUGGAAAGUGGAAGGGUUCUGAUGUAGCUAUAAAGAGAAUAAAAGCCAGCUGCUUUGCUGGGAGGCCUUCUGAAAGAGAGCGUCUGAUUGCAGAUUUCUGGAAGGAGGCUUUGAUAUUGAGUUCAUUACACCAUCCAAAUGUUGUUUCUUUCUAUGGCAUAGUUCGUGAUGGCCCUGAUGGAUCUUUAGCAACUGUCACGGAGUUUAUGGUUAAUGGUUCUUUGAAACAGUUUUUGCAGAAGAAAGAUAGAACCAUUGAUCGCCGUAAGAGACUCAUCAUAGCUAUGGAUACCGCAUUUGGCAUGGAAUACCUGCAUGGGAAGAACAUUGUUCAUUUUGAUAUGAAGUGUGAAAACCUCUUAGUAAAUAUGAGAGAUCCACAACGGCCUGUUUGUAAGAUUGGUGAUUUAGGCUUAUCAAAGGUGAAACAGCACACCUUGGUGUCAGGCGGUGUUCGUGGAACUCUACCCUGGAUGGCACCUGAGCUUCUGAGUGGAAAAAGUCACAUGGUGACGGAAAAGAUUGACGUAUACUCAUUUGGGAUUGUUAUGUGGGAGUUGCUGACUGGGGAAGAGCCAUAUGCUGGUUUGCAUUGUGCCUCCAUAAUCGGAGGGAUUGUAAACAACUCACUGCGCCCACAAAUCCCAACCUGGUGUGACCCAGAAUGGAAGUCAUUAAUGGAAAGCUGUUGGGCUGCUGAUCCAGCAGAAAGGCCAUCUUUUACAGAAAUUUCACGGAAACUGAGAAGCAUGGCAGCUGCAGUUAAUGUGAAAUAAUUCCAUUCCUGGAGCCGUUGAUUUCAGUUUAAUUGUCUUACUAGCAGAAAAGGUUAAAGAAUAAGAAAAAUAAAGAGAGAAUCAAGAUUUCUCUGUUUAAAUUCACCUAUCAGUUAGAAGUAUAUUCAGGCAAAUAGAAUUAUAAUGCCUUUGAAUAAUCUUCUAGAAAGCUUAUAAUCUUGCCACAGGUUGGGGUUCCUUUCAUAGUGCAAGCCCUUGCAUUUUACCCUGGAUUUAACCUUGAAGCUACAUGACACAUAAAGAGCUGUGGAUGCAUAAUUGGAAUGUCUUUUGAUAUUUUCAGAGUGAUAAUAGCAGUACUAUGGCGAAUUCUAUCAUUUGAUGUGGAACCAAGCUCUUUUGAGUAAGGAUGUGUAUAACUUGCUGGUAAAUAUGAGGUGUUCUAAGCUUCAUCUUGGAAAAAUGUUGCUGCCUAAUGCAUGAGAAUUUCUGGUGAAACUUGGAAACAAAUAGGUCUUGAACUUGUGUCUUUACUUGAAUCCUUUUUUUCUCUUUAGAUCUCUACAUUCAUACGCUUCUUGUUUAUAUAAGUUCUAUGUUCUGGAGAUGUAACAUGUAUAUGAUUAUUAUACAAGAAGGCCCUCGCAUUAUCUGUUCCUGACAUGUUCGAGCAUAAUUAAGUGCAAUUCAGGCUCAUGUGAACAUGCAAGAUGUGAUGUGAUGCUCACAGGCUACAUUUGUUUGAUACAAGCUUUUUCUUGUUUGGAUAA